AUGGCGAAGACCAAGCCCGCGAAGAAGGAUCUCGAAUCCUACACCAUUGAAGGCACUAAUAAGAUCGUCAAAGGUAAUACCAGAAAGAAAAAAAAUCAAAUGCUGGUGGCAAUGUUGCCCCUGAAAGCUUUCUUCCCUUGUUUUCGUUCCUGUUUUAGUAUCACCUCGUAAAUCCAAUCCGUUGAUUAGAAUUUUGAGGCAAUCAUGCGUUUCUUAAUGCUCUCUCCUUUAAUGGUUUCUCGGUUUGUUGUCAUGGCCUGCUGCGGGGUGCUAUUAUGGUUGCAGUGGGGGAUUGUGUGCUUAUGCGACCGUCAGACACGGACAAGCCACCAUAUGUGGCGCGCGUGGAGAAGAUUGAGGCUGAUAGUCGCAACAAUACAAAGGUGAGGGUAAGGUGGUACUAUCGGCCAGAGGAGGCAAUUGGUGGCCGUCGCCCGUUCCAUGGGGCAAAGGAGCUGUUCCUCUCGGACCAUUAUGAUGUCCAGAGCGCCCACACCAUUGAGGGCAAGUGCAUCGUUCACUCCUUCAAGAACUAUACCAAGCUUGAGAAUGUGGGUGCCGAGGACUAUUUCUGCCGCUUUGAGUACAAGGCUGCCACGGGCAGCUUCACCCCUGACAGAGUUGCUGUGUAUGUUGACUGCCGUCUUUCUUUAUCUUGCAUUAUUUUUAGCUCCCCUUCUUUCCCACUUUCUUUGUGGUUGUGAUAAACAUUACUUUUCUGACUUCCUCUGAAGGUAUUGCAAGUGCGAAAUGCCUUAUAACCCUGAUGACCUAAUGGUCCAGUGCGAGGGCUGCAAGGAUUGGUAAACUUUGUAGCUUUACUAUUUUAUUUUCUUCAUGGCUCUCUUAGCAGUCUGCAUCAUCCUCUCUGUUCUUUGGAACGUGAAGGUUUUUGAGUUUGUUUUACUUCUUGGUGGAAAAAAUGUUGGUAUUGAGCUCUUCAAUCUGAUACUUUGCCGCAGAGAUACAUAUUUCACGACUUGUUACUUUUUCCUUUAUCGUGAAUCCUCAUUGAAGAUUGUGCUUAUCUGUCCUUUAUUUGUUUCGAUUAUUCACAUUGGAUUAUGCUCUUCUUUUGUGAUAUGUAGAUCCUUGGUCUUGCUCUUUUAUCUCUGGCCUGCUUGAUGCUCUUAUGGCCCUUCUGAGUAGGAUCUCAUCAGUAGUAUUUAGGUUUUCAUCAGAGUUCUUCUACUUCUCAUGAGCUUGAUGCAGCAUUAGAUUAGGUAUCUAGUUUUUUUGGUUGGCAGAUGUCUUUGUUGAUUCCCAUUUGAUUUUUCGUUCGUUUGAGGAACCCACUUUUAUCCAUGCUGCUUCAUCCAAAUUAUCUCAUUUCUGUGUGCUGUUUCCUUGUUCAUUCUGGAAAAAUCUUUCAUUUUUAUUUUUAUUUUAGUUCAUGUCUCGCUAUAUUCAUUGAACUCUCAAAAUGUCUGAAGGGUAACUAUGCUUACCCAUUAGAGUGGGGAUCUGCAUUCCUUUAAGGCCUGCACAUUUGGGCUUUCAUUCUGCCAUGGUUAUUGUGUAGUGGAUUCAUAAUCACUGCAGCCUGCACGUGAAUCGGGCUCUUGUUUGCCUUACAGAGCGUCCUUCUUCAUAAGGGUUCUUAAUCAUGCUUUUAUUCUUCUGUUCUGCAUGUCAUAAUUCGUCCAAAAAGUUUGAGUUUUGUGACCGUAACUAUCAGAUGCAUACUGAUAGUAGUUCUACUGCUUCUUCUUCUCCCCCCUCCCCCCCCCUAAUUCUUAUGUGAUCAUUUCCUAUAUAAUUGCUUAGAGCAUUUCAUGAGUAACAUUCUGCGCACGCCAUCAGGUAUUGUUUAUCAAUUGUACCUGUGAGAUAGUAUUGAUAAUUUGAGGCGGUGUAAAUCAGGUAUUGUUUAUGGAAUAAGCAUUGAAAAUAUGAUUUCGGGCUUCGUCCAAUGAAUAAAUGCAUUCAAAUGCGAUGUAUUCUGCUUUAUUGCGCAGGACUACAUCAGGAAUUGUAGGAAUCUCUGCAGCCAACUAGCACCUUCAUUGCCUCAAAUAUUUCCCUGGCAGUGGCUUCUUUUACCCAAAACUUCUUGUUAAAAGGCUUAAGCAUCAAAGAUUCGUUGAAGUGUCAAUGUUUUAUUUUUUCUAAAUAUCUCUUUUUGAUGCACACCUUCCAGACAACAGGAAAGCUUUCAGAUCAAGUGUCAACUCUGUAGAGAACGUAAAAAAUGCUUUGGACAAUUUCAUGCAGAACUAUAGUCAACACUUUGUAAUCAGUUCCCUUGUUUCUUCGGCAUCUCACCUCUCAUAGGCUGUCUAGAGUACGGGGGAAAAUUGCCAUACAGUACUGCCAGUUCAUUAGUGUUUCGUCGUUGUGCCAUUGGUUUUGUUCUCAAGAAUACAUUUAACAGCCAGGCUAUUGUUGUUGCCAUAGCUGCAGAACCAAGUUCAUGACAUAUAAAAGCUCAUUAAUUCCUGGUUGCUCGGUCAGAAUAUAUUCGUGAAUCACUGAUGAACCCAGGAUUAUUCUUCACGUCAGACCCCGAAAAUUCCGUAUUUCGAUCCUAGAUAUGCAGGAUCUUCAACCCAGGAUUAUUUUUUCUCCGCUUAACUAGAAAUUUUUUGCCACUCCAUAUAAACCUUGUGAUUGGGGUUCCUCUCUUCCCCUCUCCUCCUCUCCCCUCAGUCUGUAUAUUGGCUAUUACUGCCUUUUGGUAAUAAAUCAUUUCGUCAGUAGAUCCCCCUUAGCGUAUCUCAUCGGCUGCGGUUUUCUCUUAUUCUUCUACCUUACUGUGGAAGUUAUUUUAUUUUUGGAGGCAUAAUCCAUCAAUGGCAUCUGAUUCUUUGCAAGUUCCAAAGUCUUUGGUGAAAAUUUCACCUGUAUGAUGUAGACUAUGAGCUUUUUGCAAUAUAUUUAGUAAUUUUCCUGAUUUUUUUUCCCCGUACAAUGUGUGAACUUUCUCAUCGAUUUUGCUCGUUGGCUAAAUGGCAGGUUCCAUCCCUCUUGCAUGGGCAUGACGAUUGAGCAAGCCAAGAAGUUGGAUCAGUUCCUGUGUUCCGAUUGCAGCGCCGAGGACGACUCCAAGAGAUCUCAGCCCUCGUUUCCUGUCUCCCCGCCCUCAGAGCCCAAGGUAAGCACGACACCAACUCCCCCCCCCCCCAAGGCGCGGUCUGGAGGACCAAAAUGGGCCGCUCAUUGCCUCGCAAAACUCCCGGUUUCUCUUCAAAGCUCUUCCCGAUCCUCUAGCAUUCAUUUGACCUCGAGACGAGCUCUGACGAUGCGAGCGUGUCCUCGAUACCCCUCAGGUCGAGCCGAAGCGUCGGAAGAGAUGA